AUGUCAUUAUCAAGAUAUUUUUGGCCCGAUCCAAAAAAACCUGACGGUUUACCUUACAUUCGUAAAGAUGGUUUUUCAAAUCCUGAAUUUUUUACUAUUACGGAUUAUGUUUUAUUAAGAAAAAUGUUUAAAGAUAUUCAAGAUAUGGGAUUCGCUUAUUUCUUUACACGAGAUGAAACUUAUGUAAAAAAAUCUAUGUAUCGUAUAAAAGAAUGGUUUUUGGAUGAAAAAACAAAAAUGAAUCCAAAUCUUAAUUAUGCUGGACUUAGAAAAGGUGAACUUGUAGGAGCACACACGGGUCUUUUAGAUUUUCAUCAAGUGUUUAGGAUGUUACAAGCUAUUACACUCUUACAACAUUCUCAUAUAUGGGACCAAUCAAUUGAUGAUGGAUUAAAAGAAUGGAUGUCUGAAUAUUAUGUUUGGUUUUCCACUUCAAAACUUGGAAGACAAGAAGGUAAACAUCCAAAUAACCAUGGAACAUAUUACGAUGUGCAGGCCUUAUUUUUAUUGGAUUAUCUUGGUCGUCAUGAUGAAGCCAAAGAAUAUGCUCAAAUUAGUCUCAAAAAUAGAAUAGAUAAAGGUAUUCUCCCAAGUGGGGAACAACCUCAUGAAACAAAACGUGCGACAAGUUGGUUUUAUUCAAUUUUCAAUUUACAAGCUCUAUUCUUGCUGGCAGAAAGGUGUGACCGUUUUGGUUGUACAAUUAACGGUCAGAAUGGAUGGAAUUAUGAAGGUCCAGAGAAACAAAGCAUUCAGCGAGCUGUUGAUUACCUAUUACCAUUUGCUCUUAGUGGUGGGGAAGGUUGGCCAAAGAAAAAUAUCAAAGGAUUUGAGGUGAAUGAUUAUGUAAAAUUAUUAGAAUUAUCUUAUAUAAUUUAUGGUGAGGAAAAAUAUCUUGAAGCUAUUGAAGAACUAAGACCUUUGUCGAAAGCUGAACAAGCAGCAGGGCUUAAACUUGCAAAGUGGGAAGAUAAUUAUCUUUGUAAUUUAGCAAUGAUGACAAAUAGGAUGUUAUGGAGCUGUUUGAUGUAA